UCGCCUAUGAGCAGACCAUCGAUGGACAAGCGACCAGGACUUGGCGAAAAACCUGCAUCCUCUACCGGCCUGGCAAGCAUGAGCAGACCUCGACCUGGUGUCACCUGGGCAGGCAGUGGAAAUGCGAAUUCUACUACCAGGAAGUCGGGUUUCUCACGGAGACGGUCAGCAAGUACGGAACAAGUGCCACGUAUUGAUGAGAACGCAGAAAAGCCCACCGCUGGUAUGCUAACUACUUUCUCCAAGCCGGCCGUCCAAGGUGUGGGCAUGAAGGCACGGCGGCUUAGCAUAAAUCUCCCAGAUGACUUCAUAAUAGACUGGUGCGAGCUGGAUAAGGAGUUCAAAAGUUCGAGUUUGAUGCCUGGAAAGAGGGGGAAAAUUCUAGGCAAAGGUGCAACGUCUGAAGUUCGGAUCAUGGCAAGAAGAGGUGGCAUAACCAGGGAAGAGGAUUUAGUAGCUGUAAAGGAGUUCAGAGAACGCGACAAGGACGAAACCGAGGAAGACUACGUCUUGAAGAUCAAGUCCGAAUACAGCAUUGCGAAGAGUCUGCACCAUCCGAAUAUUGUCGAAACCGUACGGUUAUGCACGAAUCGCGGCCGCUGGAAUCACGUAAUGGAGUUUUGUACAUAUGGAGAGAUCUACUCGCUAGUAGAACGGAAGCUUUUCGCGGGUGGUGCGGAAGGGUUUUAUAGUCGGGACGAUCGGUUGUGCUUUUUCAAGCAAUUACUGCGGGGCGUCGACUACUUGCACAGCCACGGCAUAGCUCACCGAGACAUCAAGCUAGAGAAUCUGCUUCUUAGCAAGGAAGGCCAUCUUAAGAUCUCGGAUUUUGGCGUGGCAGAAGUUUUUAGCGGUGAGCAUCCUGGGCUUCGCGCGUCUGGUGGUGAAUGCGGGAAGAACAUGGGCGAAAUCCGAUUAUCUGCGCCUGGCAUCUGCGGCAGUCUGCCCUACAUCGCUCCAGAAGUACUCGAGAAAGACCACAGCUAUGACCCGCGUCCAUUAGAUAUAUGGUCAACAGCCAUUGUCUACCUCACCAUGACCUUUGGGGGAUGCCCAUGGCAGGCUGCGAAGCCUGAGUUCGAGUACUAUGCAAGAUUCAAGAAGGGCUGGGAUUCAUGGCUGGAGCGUCACCCAGAUGGUGAUAUCUUCGAUGGUAUCGACGGCCACCCAAAGUGCGGCAAGCUUUUCAGCCUCAUCGAGCCCCCAUCUAUCAAACGACUGAUGUUGAAGAUGCUGCACCCGAAUCCCUCUAAACGCAUCACGAUUAAGGAAGUACUCAAAACUACCUGCAUUAAGAACAUUGGCUGCUGCUGUCCGGAAACAUACGAUGACCCCAAGAUCACGUUUGACGCUUCCAAGGCAUCGAGUGCUAGGACCGCUGCUCCGAAAAAGUACCUUCACCACCACAUUCCACCCAAGCCGGAGAAUAAGGUUGGAAAGGCGUUCACUCAUCGGUUUGACAUGGGCGAACGA